AUGGCAAAUUUCGUUCGCCCAAGCGUAAAUGCUCUGGCGAUGAGCAGCAAUCAGCAGAAUGGACAACUGAAUAAUGCUGUGCGACCGUUCUGCAAUCAGAAUCCAGCACCGUUUUGCAAUAGCGGUUGGAAUUCUUUGUGGAGUGGAUAUAUGAAUAAUAUGAUGAGACAAAUGCACGACAUCAACGAUUCACAUCGAGCCUUUAUGAGCCAAGCGAUGAAUCAAAUGCAAACGGCUGCCGCGAACAGGAACGAUUUAGAACGACUCUUAAUGGAGAUGAAUGCAAGAACCCAGCAAGCGAUAGCAGCAAUCAACAACAUUAAUUUUAAUCUGUCCAACCCUAAUGCCUUCAACCAGUUAAUCCACAAUAUUGCCAACAGCAAUCCGACACCUCUGGGCAAUCAACGAUUCAGUAAUAAUAUUUCGUACUCAUUCAGAAAUUGGAGCAACGCACCGUGUUGCAAUGAUCCUUGCUGUAAUCAAAACUGUGUGAAUUGUUCGGAUUGUGUUGACUGCCCGAAUUGCAAAGGUCCAUCGACUGGUAGUUUCAGUUUCUCGCAAGUCGGCUUUCGCGGUGAAAAUCCUCAGGUAAGAUGA